CUUGGUCCCGUGUGUUCUUCUUUUCUUCUACCUCUGCCUUUUUCUCUCUAAUUCCAGCUCCAUACUGCUAUCUGCUACUUGGAUCCUCAAAUUCGCUAUACAGAAAUUCCUGUAAUCUGGUACUGUGAAGUGGGUCUGCGGCCUCCCCCCACCACACCGUCGCCCUCUCACUCCUGAGGACGGACGGACGGACUACGAAACCCACCGGCGGCGCGCGGCCAGGCCUGAAGCUAAGAAGAUGGCGGGGUUGCCACUGGCCACGGCGGAAGUCUGCGACGCGAACUCGCACCUGAUCACCAGCGGGGAGCUCCGCGCCCUGCAGCCCAUCUUCCGGAUGUACGGUCGGCGGCAGGUCUUCGCGGGCCCCGUCGUGACGCUCAAGGUGUUCGAGGACAACGUCCUGGUGCGCGAGUUCCUGGAGGAGAAGGGGCAGGGCCGGGUGCUGGUGGUGGACGGCGGCGGCAGCCUGCGCUGCGCCAUCCUGGGCGGGAACCUCGCGCAGCUGGCGCAGAACAACGGGUGGGCGGGCAUCGUGGUGAACGCCUGCAUCCGGGACGUGGACGAGAUCGACGGCUGCGACAUCGGCGUGCGCGCGCUGGGCUCUCACCCGAUGAAGUCCAACAAGAAGGGGAUGGGCGAGAAGCACGCGCCGGUGGCCAUAGCGGGAACCAGGGUCUGCGACGGCGAGUGGCUCUAUGCCGACGCCGACGGGAUCCUCGUCUCCAGGACCGAGCUCAUCGUCUAGAUACUAGACAUACCCCUGUAAAAUGAUAGAUGAAUGAACUGGGCUGAGAGUAGGACUGAGGACUGCUGUCGCUGCCUGCUUCUGCCCUCCCGAACUGAAUACGCUUCCGCUUUUUCGGAAGGUCUGACUACUCCUAUGUAACAAGAUUUGGCAAAUGCGAAUAAGAAUUUGAAGCCGUCGAAGUUCCAGGUUGGGGUCCGAA